CCAGCGCCAUCUGGGCAUUCAUAAACAGAUUCGCACUGCGUCAGACGAGCAGCAGCGGCAGCAGCAGAGGGACUCCCAGGACAGGGUCGGAUCCUCGUCGUCAGCAUCUCUCGGUCGCUCUCUUACUUACUCACUCACUCACUCACUCGUUAGGUCUGACCGAGUAAAGCCCCCACCCGUGGUCAGGUUCGGUCGAGUCUACCGCAGAACGAUAUAUGUAAAGGCUCCGAAGGCCCGAGCAUUGACAUUCUUGUGGCAAAGGCUUAGAGAAGGAGGAGGAGGAGAACGGACGACCGUCUCUCGUAGCGGGGAGCAGGAGGAGCGCAGCAGAUCUGCGGGUGGUUUAUUGUCGAGAGGAAGGGGAAAAUAUUUGAGUGCUGUCUUGAAGGCGGCCACCAUGAAGCGGUCUGUCGUGGUCGUGUUGCUUCUCGCACUUGGAUUAUUCACUGUAUCUCACAUUGCUGCUGAAGAGGCAGCGAAAUUGGGAACAGUUAUUGGAAUAGAUCUGGGUACCACCUACUCUUGUGUCGGUGUUUACAAAAAUGGUCAUGUGGAGAUUAUUGCCAAUGACCAAGGUAACCGUAUCACGCCAUCCUGGGUGGCAUUUACAGACAGUGAGAGGUUGAUCGGUGAGGCGGCUAAGAAUCAAGCCGCAGCGAACGCCGAGAGAACCAUCUUCGAUGUGAAGAGGCUCAUCGGACGGAAGUUUACUGACAAGGAAGUACAGAGGGACAUGAAGUUGGUUCCGUACAAGAUAGUGAACAAGGAUGGGAAGCCGUACAUUUCUGUUGCCAUUAAGGAUGGUGAAACCAAGGUCUUCAGUCCCGAGGAGGUCAGUGCUAUGAUUUUGACGAAGAUGAAAGAAACCGCCGAAGCAUUCCUGGGCAAGAAAGUCAAGGAUGCCGUCGUCACCGUUCCAGCCUACUUCAACGAUGCCCAACGUCAAGCAACCAAGGAUGCCGGAGUUAUUGCCGGACUGAACGUAGCCCGUAUCAUCAAUGAACCUACUGCCGCGGCUAUUGCCUACGGACUGGACAAGAAGGGAGGAGAACAAAAUAUCCUUGUCUUUGACUUGGGAGGUGGUACAUUCGAUGUCAGUAUUUUGACCAUUGACGAUGGAGUCUUCGAGGUUUUGGCUACCAAUGGUGAUACCCAUCUUGGAGGUGAGGACUUUGACCAACGUAUUAUGGAAUACUUCAUCAAACUGAUCAAGAAGAAGUACAACAAGGAUAUUGGCAAGGACAACCGUGCUCUCGGAAAGCUCCGAAGGGAAGCUGAGAGGGCGAAGAGGGCACUCAGUAACCAGCACCAAGUCCGCGUGGAAAUUGAAUCUCUGUUUGACGGCGUUGAUUUCUCUGAGCCUCUUACUCGUGCGCGAUUUGAGGAAUUGAACAAUGAUUUGUUCAGGAAGACUAUGGGACCAGUGAAGAAAGCCAUGGAUGAUGCCGGUCUCCAAAAGUCUCAGAUUCAGGAAAUUGUCCUUGUCGGAGGAAGUACCCGUAUCCCCAAGGUUCAGCAACUCUUGAAAGAAUUCUUUGACGGCAAGGAGCCUAGCAAGGGUGUGAACCCCGAUGAGGCCGUUGCUUUCGGUGCGGCUGUCCAGGGUGGUAUCUUGAGCGGAGAAGGAGGAGAUGAGACCAAAGACAUCCUUCUGUUGGACGUGGCACCUUUGACUUUGGGAAUUGAGACCGUUGGGGGAGUCAUGACCAAACUUAUUCCGAGAAACACUGUGAUUCCAACCAAGAAGUCGCAAGUUUUCACCACCUACCAGGAUCAGCAGACCACAGUUUCUAUUCAGGUCUUCGAGGGAGAGCGUAGUCUGACCAAGGACUGCCACGAGCUAGGAAAGUUUGAUUUAACCGGAAUCCCCCCUGCCCCAAGAGGAGUACCUCAAAUCGAGGUUACCUUUGAGAUUGAUGCCAACGGUAUUCUUAACGUGAAGGCCGAGGACAAGGGCACUGGAAAGUCGGAGAAGAUCACCAUUACUAAUGACAAGGGCAGGUUGAGCCAAGAAGAAAUCGACCGUAUGUUGAGGGAGGCCGAGGAGUUUGCCGAGGAGGACAAGAAAGUUAAGGAAAGAAUUGAUGCUCGUAACAGUCUCGAGACCUACGUCUACAACAUGAAGAAUACCGUUAACGACAAGGACAAGUUGGCCGACAAAAUUGAGGAGAGCGACAAGGAGAAGAUUGAAGCAGCUCUGAAGGAGGCAUUAGAAUGGUUGGAUGAUAAUCAAAAUGCCGAGAAGGAUGAAUUUGAGGAGAAAUUGAAGGAAGUAGAGGCCGUGUGCAACCCAAUCAUCACUGAGGUGUAUCAGAAGUCUGGAGGUCCUUCUUCUGCUGGAGGUGAAGAUGAGGAAGAGGGACAUGAUGAGUUGUAGAUUUGAAGGUAGAAUCAUACUCACCCCUGACAGCAGGGUUCUUUCCUAGAAGGUACUGGUGGAUUUUGAUUACUAGGUGAGACGAGUGGAGUUUUCGGAUACAUGACAACCUGUACACCACUCGCCUUUACCAUGGUAUUUGUGUACCAGCGUGCAGAGGAUGCGGUCUGUGUACAUUAUUGAAGUCAUCGAAUAUCGUUCCAGGGCAGGUCUACACUUUUAUAGAUUGACCCUUCAAGAACGACUGCUCAAGAGUGCUUUCCACCAUAUUUCCAAAUUCUAGCUUAGUUUACCGGUGAACAUUUGUGUUCAGAUGAUAAAGGUACCAUACUUCAAAUUAUCCGCAUUCCCUCCGGAAUGAUUUGGACCUAAUUUAUAAUUCAGUUCAGAAUUCUUCCAUCUACUACC